AUACUCAUAUGCUGGAUGAAGCAUCUUCACACUUCACACUUCAUCCAGCACAAUGAUGAGGGGAAGCGUGUGGCAGAGACUUUGAUGUUCGAUUAUCACAGGCAGCAUGGCAUAGAAAUUCGAAUUGCUAGAAUUUUUAAUACAUAUGGACCACGGAUGAACAUUGAUGAUGGUCGUGUAGUGAGUAACUUCAUAGCCCAAGCACUCCGAGGUGAACACUUAACAGUUCAAGCACCAGGAAGACAAACUCGAAGUGAUAUUAAUAACUCGUUGCCUACAUGAAU